GGGCUGUUGGACUUGGUUGGUUGGCACUGGACAAUCAACCUCUUCCCAGCAUUCAUUCCAUCCCACAUAGGCUUAGAAAACCUAACAAAACAACUGCUGCACGCGUCCAUGGCGGACGUGGAUUGCGUUGGAACUGUCGCACUGGGGGUGAACCAGUCACCAGGGCCCGUGAAGAAUUUUGACCCUCGCAACGACACGCCUUCGUGCCGAUCCGUCCCUCUCCAUCCAGUAGUGCAACCCGACGCACACGCGACACCCGUAAUAAGCGCUCGUCCAGCGUUAGGUUCUCCUAUCGGCGAUUCCUUCUCCGCUAGCAUUCCGCUUCCUCAUCCCCCCUCGCCCGCAUCCACGCCACCGGUCCCCCUCAGAAGCGCCGAUUCUCCACAAGCUCGAAGCGAGAUGUCUUCAAUCGAGGACAGCAACCCGGCCGCACAUCUGGCUCCUCCUAGGCCGAUAUCGAAAGGCAACAUUCGAUCGCGUUACUCCAUCGCUCGCCGCAUCGGCCGGGGGCGGUUCGGCUCCGUCUACGAGGCCCUAGACCGCACCACGAACACCUGCGUCGCCAUCAAGAGCAUCCCUAAAGCGCGCCAGAGCACCCUGCCGCCGCUAAUCGGGCCCAAGGUGACCGAGGCUGACGUGGUACGGCAGCAUCGGCUGGUCGAAUCGGAGGCCGAGAUCAGCCUCAUGCUCGGGUCCGCUAUACUAGCCGGUCCAGCAGAAGAGCCGGAUCAAAUCGGUCAACCGGCUGUAGCUGUAUCGACGGGUCAAACCGUCGCACUUGAACCGGCUGUAACCGACGCCGCAGUAGCUGAUGAGGCGGCGGCUGUAGCAGCAGCGGGGCAGGGCAAAGUGGUGCAGGUGCUAUCUGUGGUGGAGGGCAGGCGGCACUUCCACAUCAUCAUGCAGCUCUGCCUCGGCGGGUCGCUCGCCGACUUCCUCGAGAAGCGCCGCCGAGGCCAAGUCGCCACCUUGGCCGCCGCAUCCGUCGCCGCGCCUCCCGCCGCCUCUUCCGCCGCACUUGCCGCUCCCCCUAUCCCGUGUCCCGUGCACCACCAUCAAGGCGAUCGGUCCCCCCUGUCAGCUAUCAGUGCCGACGGCGGUUCCUCACCUGCCGCUGCCCUGUCUGCUGACUCCGGAAUCAGCUCCCCGUCUCCGCCGGCGGCGGGCGCGGCGUCGGAUGCGGAGAGUAGCCCGAACAGAUGGUAUCAAGCGGCAACGUGGGCCUCGAACUCGGACGAGGGGGAAGUGGAAGGAGGAGAGGACGUUUUCUCUGCAGGGCGCGAUUGGCGGCAUAGGAUGAGAGAAGAAGAGCGGUUGGGGGGGACUCGGAGUGGAAUGGGGAGCGAAAGGGAGAGCGAGGUAAUUGAUGGAGCGACGGAUCAGGAGGACGAAGACUUCGUGGCGUCGCAGCUGAAAGCUGAUUGGGUGCCGCGAAAGGCGCUGACUGGGAAGGGCAUGGAGAAGUCCGCAUCGACCGGUGAGCUGGCGCACCUCGCGGACGCAGCAGCGGCUGCUGCGGCGUCAUUCGCGGCAAAAUCGUCCACGUCAGCAGGAGCUGACUCAGCAGGGGUAGCAGGGGCAGCAGGGGCAGCAGGGGCAGCAGGGGCAGCAGGGGCAGGAGGGACAGGAGGGGCAGGAGGGGGUGGGGGGGCAGGGAUAAGCAGGGUGGUGGUGUAUGGAGGGAUGACGGAGGAGGGAAGGAAGCGGCAGCAGGAGUGGGAGGAUGAAGCAGCGUGGAUCGUUUCUGAGAUCGCUGCAGCUGUGGCUUAUUGCCACAAACGGGGCAUCUUACAUCGAGACAUCAAACCAGAGAAUGUUCUCCUGACACUGCCGCCCAGCUCACAGCCAAUCACAAAGCCGACAGUUGCUGCCUCCUCUGCUCUUUCCCCCUCCAUCUCAGCCUCGUCCUCCCGGGACCAAACUUUUCGAUCUGCCUGUGCUGUGGGGCGGUCGAUAUCAAUGAAGCCGAGCAGCGAGUUCCUGCGCAAGAGCCCAUCCUUCUCGCUUCUCUCCAACGCUGCUGCUGCUACUGCUGACGAUGCACUGGGUAGGCCCGCGCCAUGCCGCUACCAAGCAGCCAGCCAAGGUGCUGCUGUUACCCAUCAGCCCCAUGCUGGUGAUCCCCAUGCGCAUGGCAGGGCGCAUGGCCAUAGGCGCUCAGCCUCUCUCGCCAACUGGCUGGGGCGAGCCAGCCUUCGGAAGAAAUACCAGCAUCAGCAGCAACUCAGGGAUGGAGGCAAGUCUUUCAAGGCAAGCUCUCCAGAUCUCCCUACCUCUACCGAUAGUGAAGCUGCCCCACUCCCCUCAUCCACCUGCACAUGCCAGCAGCAGCACUCUCUCAGCAUUCCACAUUUCGCUCCUUGCUUCCAAGGGCUGCGUUUGGCUGACUUCGGCCUGGCAGAGAAGCUCCAACCGGGGCAAGCAGCCACUCGAGGCCUGGUUGGUAGCCCUGCCUACGUGGCACCUGAGGUGGCCGCAGGGCUCCCUGUCAGCUUCCCUGCAGACGUCUGGGGCAUCGGCAUUUGUCUGUACAUGGUGCUGUCGGGUGGCCAGCUGCCGUUCUCCGGGCGGCGCACUCGGCUUCUGCUGUUGAACAUCCGGCGGGCGCAGCUCCCCAUGGGGUCAGUGGCGUGGGUGAGCGUGUCAGGAGAAGCGAAGGAUGUGGUGAGGAAAUUGUUGGCUGCUGAGCCCAAGGGCCGGCCUAGUGCGGAGGAGGUAUUGCGGAUGCCGUGGGUGGUGAGGGGGAGAGAGCGGUGGAUUGAACGACAGAGAGGCCUGGUGGCUUGAGGUAGCGUGCAUUGUGCGCCCUUCCUUCGCAGCUGAGAUUUUGUAUAUUUGAUUAAUUGUGCUUGCUGAAUUUGCCCUCAUAACCAAAUGAUACUUGUUGUAUCCUGGCCAGUAGGUU